CUUGAUUUUUUUAUUUUAAAAGAAUGAUGAAAUUAAUAUUUAUAGAAAUGUAUAACUGAUCGAACGUUAGUCUAUUUUUAAAGAUUCACUUUAUUUGGCUUAGAACAACAGCCCAUUCGUUAAUCAAAAUCCUUUUGAUGGUUACUAGUAAUCAAAUCUCCUGAUUUUCUUUGUGGCGUACCGAAUAAAAUUUAGUUCAAUAAGUUCAACAUGCAUUAAUAUUACUUCUGAGAUAAAUAUGGAACAAUUAUAUAUCCGUAGACUAAAAAAUUUUCCUUUAUUAAAAUUGUUUUCUCUCUAAAAAUAAAAAUUUUUAUUAUUUUCACGCGAAUUAUUUAAUAAAAUGGAAGACGCGACUUACGCGCUUCCAACAAGCGGAACGGGUACACUUCGAAGAGGUAAAACCCUAACCAGACCUGAAAGAUAUCAGCCUGCUUCUCCUCUACUUACUGGUAAAAAAGAAAGAAAACCUUUAGAUCCUUGGGUUCUGUUUACACGUGCAGUUACUUUUUGGGCUCCAAGUGCCUUAUUAUCUAAAUUUUUUGGCUUACGUGAUAAACAGUCUCAACAAGCAUGGAGGGAAAAGUUUGCAUUAUGUUUCAUUGCUGCCAUCAUGGGUGGGAUUGUUGCGUUCUUGACAGUUGGUCUUAGACCCACAUUAUGUCCCAGCUCUCAGUCUAACAACGCUGAACAGUUUUUACAUUAUGGUGCUGUGGAUGGUGUGCUUGGAGUUCUCGGUUGGCAAUUUAACGUUAGUCAAGCGUUAAUAAAUGAAGUCAAUUUCUUUGAUAUAAUAGAUAAUAAUGGACCUGGUUUUGAUAUAACGAAUAAGUUCAAGCGAGAUGUUAAUGAGAUUCCAUCAUGUCUUGCGCCAGGAAUACAAAAAUUUGCCGCGGUGACUACACCAUUAUGUACUAGUGGACCUGAGUGUCCACUUCCAAAACUUACACAAUCUGCCAUUGAUCAAUAUCGACUUGUAAAUACGACAAAAAAGGUUGGAUUUGAUUUUGAUCAGGUUGGAAGGAUUAAGAAUUAUUUUGUUAUUGAUGGCGCUGUUCUUAACAUGGAUUCAUAUAUUGAGGCACACCCUAAUCCAAUUGAAAAUGAUUUGAUUGAUAAUAUUAUUCGUGAUGUGUUGAAUACUAAUCAUCCUGAGGGUGGUAAAGAUGCGACCCGCUUAUUUUACAAUCGAGAAGACACAAAACAAGUAAUAGUAUGUAUAAUGCAAAAAUAUUACGCAGGAAACAUUGAUAAGCAAACGAUUGGAUGUUUCACUUCUGACUUAUUCAAUUUAAUUUUGCUUGUUGUAAUAUUGGGAAUUGUUAUGUGUAGAUUUUUUAUGGCUUGUAUUUUCGAUUGGUUCAUUUCACAUCGUCUUGCACAUAAACCAAAGAUGGAAAAAAAGACAACAGUUUCUUCUCCUGUUAAGAGAAAAUUUAACAUGAACGAUGUAGGAAACGAUCUUUUUACAGUGUUAUUAGUCACUUGCUAUUCUGAGGGUGAAGUUGGUCUGCGUAUCACAUGUGAAUCAAUGGCUGCUACUGAUUAUCCAGAUGAUCGUAAACUUUUGUUCCUUAUAUGCGAUGGUAUAAUUACAGGUAGCGGUAAUGAUAAAAGUACUCCGGAUAUUUGUGUAGAAAUGAUGGAAGUUGUGGAAGAGUUUAAAAAUCCACGACCUAUGAGUUAUAUUGCUAUCGCUGCUGGAAAUAAGCAACACAACAUGGCAAAAGUUUAUGCUGGUCAUUAUUUAUAUAAGGAACGAAGAGUUCCAAUGAUUCUUGUUGUAAAAUGUGGUGCCCAAGAAGAACAAGGAAAACCUAAACCUGGAAACCGUGGAAAACGUGAUUCCCAAUUAAUUUUGAUGAAUUUCUUCAGCCGUAUAACAUACAAUGACCGUAUGACUGCUUUGGAUUACGAUUUAUUUAGAAAAAUUCAUCAUUUAAUGGGUGUAACACCUGAUUUUUUUGAAAUUGUCCUUAUGGUUGACGCUGAUACUAAAGUUUAUCCUAAUUCGUUAAGAUUGUUGAUCAAUUGUAUGUGCAAUGACCCUCUUAUUAUGGGUCUUUGUGGUGAAACAAAGAUCGCAAAUAAGCGUGACUCUUGGGUUACAGCUAUUCAAGUUUUCGAAUAUUAUAUUUCUCACCAUUUGGGUAAAGGAUUUGAAUCGGUAUUUGGUGGUGUCACUUGUCUCCCAGGUUGUUUCUGUAUGUAUCGUCUUAAAGCAAGAAAAGGUGAUGAUGAUUGGGUACCAAUUAUUACAAAACCAGAAAUUGUUCAAGAGUAUUCACAAAAUGAAGUUGGCACACUUCAUCAAAAGAAUUUAUUAUUGCUUGGUGAAGAUCGAUUUUUGACAACACUUAUGCUUAGAAACUUCCCUCGAAGAAAGAUGACCUUUUGUCCACAAGCUGUAUGUAAAACUGUUGUCCCCGAUGAAUUUAAAGUCUUACUUUCUCAACGUCGUCGAUGGAUUAAUUCGACAAUUCAUAAUUUGAUGGAAUUAGUAUUAGUUCGCAACCUUUGUGGAACAUUUUGUUUCUCCAUGCAAUUUGUGGUGUUUAUGGAUUUAAUGGGUACAGUUGUUUUACCUGUGGCUAUUAUGUUAACCUUUUUGUUAAUUGUAAAAUCUAUAUUGAAUCCACCAAGAAAUUUUUCCGAAACUAUACCAUUGUUAAUGUUGGUAGCGGUUCUUGGGUUACCAGCUAUAUUAAUUUUUAUAACAACAAGAAAGUUAGUUUACGUUUUAUGGAUGUUAAUUUAUUUACUUGCAUUACCUGUUUGGAAUUUUGUACUACCAAGUUAUGCAUAUUGGCAUUUUGAUGAUUUUUCAUGGGGUGAAACCAGAAAAGUUGAAGGUGAAGGUAAAGGUGAUGAUCAUGGUAAAAAAGAAGGUUCAUUUGAUUCUUCUAAAGUACCAUUAAAACGUUGGGAAGAUUGGGAACGAACAAGACUUCGUAGGAUGAAGCGAAAAGAACGUCAAAGGCAACAAAUAGCUUCAGGCGCAGUUCAUUUAACACAUCAAGUAAUACCAGAUGAUGAAUCACAGUAUGAAUUAUUGUCACCUCAAACUGAUGAUAAUUAUGCAGAAACUUCAUCUAAUAAUUCUCAAUCACAACAAUAUUAUAAUUAUCUUGACGACGAUUAUGGUUCACGUCAACAUGGACGAAUAUAACAUAUUUAAAUCUUUUUACUUUAAUAUACAUAAUAUAGGUGAUAAUAUAAUAUGUGGUAAUUUCCAUCAAAAAUUAUAGUGUAUUGUAUAUAUCUUCUAGGAUGAUUAAAAUAACUCAUGCGAUAGAACUAGAAAGUUAUAACCUAAUCUUUUUAAUUUUAAUUAUUUUUUAUUUUUAUUUUUAUUAUUUUUUUUUUUUAAUAUCCACGUUAAAAUAAAUAAAAUCACGUGAUAUUGUAUUUG